AAUUAAAGUCCAAACGUCUAAAAGUCUACAAGAGCUUUCUGAAGAAAAAUGUCAUCCUGCAGCAAGAUCCGCCACAUAGUCAGGCUCCGCCAAAUGCUACGAGGGUGGAGGAAGAAGGCCGCUACGGCUGCCCGUCGCCGUGUCCCGACCGACGUACCUUUGGGACACGUAGCAGUCACAGUAGGCGCAAGUUGCAAGAGAUUUGUAGUCCGUGCCGCUUACCUGAACCACCCAAUGUUCAAGAAACUCCUUUCACAGGCAGAGGAAGAGUUUGGUUUUACGAACUCUGGCCCUUUAGCCAUUCGUUGUUAUGAAUCUUUGUUUGAAGAGUUACUUCGUUACUUGAAUCGAUUCGACUCCGUUAACAAUAAUAUGUCAUGGUUCAUGAACUUCGGAGAUUUUCAAAGAUAUUGUCACAUGGAUAUCCGAAGCAACCUUGAUUUUUGGGCUGAUUCCAGACCCCUUUUGCAUUAGCUAGCGUAUUUGAUAAGUAAAGACACUUCGUACAAAAGACAGAUCAACAUUUUAAGUGAGUGAACAGAUUGCGACAAGACAAGACGUAUAGUUUUAGUAUAAAUAGACAUCUUUUUUUUUUCUCAAAAUUUCUCAAUUACAUAUAUAGUAUUAAAUUCAAGCUGAGCACAAGUGGAUGUGUCCAGACCUACUAUUUGAAUUUUGUUCUGAGAAUUUGAUUGGAGAUGACAAGAAGGUGGACGAGCUGAUUCGCCAUGGAGUCGUCCCAGGUUUUGAAUCGGAGUGAAAUUCAAGAACAGAGUGAAUAUAGAAAUUGCAAAGUGCAGUAAAGCAACGAGGAAAGGGACAAUCAGUUGUUACUGUGUACAAUUGUUUUGUACUUAAUUCUUUUUACUAAAGACGGUCAUUGUUGAUAGAAUAGGAAAUUUCAGAGAAAUUAAG